AUGGUCGCGCUGCGGGGCAAGUCGUCAUGGUCUGUAAGCCGGCUGCUGUCGGCCUUGCUGCUGGUGUCCGUCCGGUUUACCACAGCAUACGACCUGGACACCAAUGAUCCCAAGAACAUCAAGUCUAUCGCCAGAAAAAUGACCGAGGACCUGAUGUCAUUCUACGAUGGAGACAAGCCGGGAAAGACACCCGGUCUCCUUCCCGAUCCAUAUUAUUGGUGGGAGGCCGGCGCUCUCAUGGGCACGAUGAUCGACUAUUGGUACUACACAGGCGACGAUACCUGGAAUUCGGUCGUCACCCAGGGUCUACUUCACCAAGUCGGAAGAUACAACGAUUACAUGCCGGAGAACCAGACGCGAACCGAAGGUAACGACGACCAGGGCUUCUGGGGACUCGCCGUCAUGUCCGCCGCCGAAUACAAGUUCCCCGAUCCGCCCGACGACCAGCCUCAGUGGCUCGCCCUGGCCCAAGCAGUGUUUAACACCCAAGCUGCUCGAUGGGAUCCAGACCAUUGUGACGGAGGACUUCGGUGGCAGAUUUUCCAGUGGAACAACGGAUACGACUACAAGAACACCAUUUCGCAGGCUUGCUUCUUCGCCCUUGCUGGCCGACUCGCCCUCUACACGGGCAACAGCUCAUAUUCGGAAUGGGCUGAUAGAACUUGGGAUUGGAUGGUGGGAGUCAAGUUCAUCUCGGACGACUACUACGUAUACGAUGGCGGCCACAUUCAGUACAACUGCACCAACAUUGUGCCGUAUCAAUGGACCUACAACGCCGGUGGCAUGAUUCUCGGGGCAGCAGCGAUGUAUAACCACACCGGCAGCGAAGUAUGGAAGAACCGACUUGACGGACUCGUCCAGGCCGCUGAUGUCUUUUUCGUCGGCGAGGAAAAGAACAUCAUGCAGGAAGUAGCAUGCGAAACAGUCGGACUUUGCAACCUCGAUCAGCAAUCCUUCAAGGCGUACCUCAGUCGUUGGUUAGCGGCUAUCACGAAAUGGGCUCCUCACUUACACGACCGUGUAAUGGACAAGCUCCGCCCGUCAUCAAUUGCGGCCGCAUCGCAGUGCAAGGGUGGUUCCAACGGUCGCAUGUGCGGGCUCAAGUGGACUGAGAACGGAACGUGGGAUGGAAUGCAAGGCGUUGGCCAGCAGAUGGCUGCCUUGGAGGUCACUCUCGGUAACCUCAUCAAAGACUCGAGAGUGCCCGUUACUGCUGGCGGCGGUGGUACGUCUGUAGGCGAUCCCGGAGCAGGUGGUAAUGACAUCGGCCGAACCAUUCCUGCGGUCGCCGACCUUCCGCCUCUUGGACCCGGCGAAACUGCCGGCGCAGCAAUCCUCACGUUCAUUGUACUUGGAAUGCUGAUAGCCGGUAUCAUUUGGAUCUUCAUGGACGAAACUUCGGAAAAGCCACUCCAGGAACGCUUCUUCGAUUUCAGAUCUUCUCUCCUCGGUGGCGGCGCUCUCGCAGCUCUGGCCACGCGGCGGAAGACGGACGACUUGAACGAAAAGGGAAAGGGAGUUGACAACGACACUUCGAGCGAAGCCGCGAGUACCCGCGAACACGGUAUCAUGGCGCCUUUGCCGCCAAAAGGCAACUCCUUCCAUGACAACGAGAUACCUCAUAGAGGUAGCGGCAUGUCUCAAAUGACAGACACCACGGCGGUAGCGGGUAUUCCCAUGGUUCGAGAGAAGAGACUGAGCAGGAAGAGCAGAAAUCCUGCGUUGCGAAACAGCGUGGCAUCUCAGCAGUCGGCUCGGAUCGAGUAA